AUGGCCCCCGAACCGAUAUCACCGAAAGAGCAUCAGGAAGAGCGCGCCGCGAACGUAGCGCAAGCAGAUGCGGCGCAUCGGGAAGCAUACGAUUACUGGGGUUACCUCUUCAAGGAGGAUAAGUGCGGGACCGACUUACUGGAUCGCCUGCUUAAGGGCAUCGCCGAGGUCAUUAGCAAGAAGUUCGAGCCAAGUGACUCGCCUGAUCUCACGCCGCCGCAGAUCGCAGCCUGGUACCGCAGUGUUGGGGGCGAUUACGACGUUCUAUUCACGGAUACACCGCCAUCGUCCGUUGCAUUCAUAUACCGGUCACUAGGCGCGUUCCACAGCUUGCAGCCAGGGCCAGACGACGAUGGCUACUCAAGUCCUACCAUACCUGCGCUGAAGAAGAGCGGCUUUGUGACAUGGCAGACGAUACAGCUCCUGCUGGGACCAGAAGAGCAUGUGCCUUUCCUACAAAGGGCCGUUGAAAUAGACGACAUACCGGACCCAGAAACUGGCAAUAUCUUCCCCAAAGUUCUACCCAAGGAAUGUUUCCCGGAAAAGCCCGACGAUGCUAUGGAGUCGUGGUAUCAGAGCGUCGCAGCCAGGCUUAAGAAGGAGGCCGAUGAGGAAACAAGCGGGGGCAGUGCUGCUGACGAGCCAAAGCCGCGUACUUCAACGGACAGUGAAGGCACCUCAGCUGACGAGAAGCAUGGCGCAUACCGAUACUUUGAAGACCCACUCUAUCGGAAUGGAAGACCACGGCCGACAUUUAUGCGCCAUGUCUCGAAGCAGUCCCCACGGCCGGGAGAUGACCAUGGGAGGGCCGUCACAUCAAGGGUGAGGCAUAUGUUAAACCCUCUAAAUUACGUUGGAGGCAGAAAGAAGAGCGUUCCAGGCCGAUACGACGACGAUGACUACUCAGACGGAGAUGCCACACCCAUUGCGCCUGUUCCUCAACCAGGAGCUCGAUAUCCCUCUCAUAAGCGUCCACAUCCGCCACGACGUGAGUCCUCGUUAUCAACAACAGACUCAGAUUCUGACCCGGACCACCCGCCCUCUCGUCGCCGUUCACCUGUACUGCGCUCUCACCGAUCUCACGAGCCGCCCAUAUCCCAGCCGGGGUAUUUUCCCGCCUACAGCGAGGCCCGCCGAUAUUCAAACCAACACGAUGCCAUCCGGAUGGAUGGCAGAAGCUCAAGUGCGACUUCUCCCCAACCCGUGUACCGACCAACUACAUCACCGCUCUUUGCGACUCAAGUUGCGCAAGCUCAACGCGAAGCAGCACAAAAGUACUACGUCUCGAGGCCGGCUAUGCCACCACGCACUAGCUACAGGCCUGUUCCAGCCCCCGGUGUACGAUGGGGCUCCCAGACUGUGCAUCCUUGUUAA